GUGGAGCUUCUCGAUGGGCGGCGUGGGCGGUAUCUUAAUUUGUUCGACGUGCUGCGCUGCUGCGGCCAGGUGCGCCAGGGCAGGGGCGCGGGCGUUGCGGGUGCCGCGGCGGAGUUCAUUCACGCGCUUCGAUUUGUCAUUGUCGUCCUAGUGCGGAAGCUGUUCGGGUAG